AUGGUGGACAGAUUUGAGAACUUACAUGAAAUGAAGGUGCAAAUCUCUUCCUUUAAGAUCUUGAACGUAGCACUAGCAGAAGACAAGAGCAAAAACCAUGUAGAACUUCAUAAAAAUGGGCGCAUUGAUUUUGAUCCCAUGAAAAACCCAUCUUUCUCUAAGGCAUAG